AUAAACGAUUGACUACUAAAAUGAAAAAGGAGUGCAGAUGAAAGAGACUCCCCCUUUGAUGGCGUGAUGCAGAAGGUAAAAGACUGUACCGCUACAUUGCAACAUACUGUUUCCGUGAGUGGGUUUUUCAGCGUUUUUCAUUGGCAACUCCCCCGGAAGAAGACGAUUGGUUACGCCAUGGACGUAUUCAAAUACUGUAUAUUAGACUGGCUUAUCUUGCCUACUGUACAUUCAUAUUUUUAAAAUGAGCCAAAGUGUCUUGAAACUAAAUUGUUGCAAGACAUCAUAGGAUUAGUUAAUAAUAGCAUUGUGAUCAGAAUUCAACUUAUGACUGUUUUUAAAUGUACGUAGUUGCUGUAAAUUAUCGUUAUGUUUUUGCCUCGUGAAACCAGUAGUUCUCACGCGCUAUCCAACCGCAUCGCGCAAGAGGCCAAAUGAAUUUGGGGAACCGCUUUAUGAUGAGAAACGACCUGAAGAAGCAAAGGGAGUACUUUGAAAAGAAGAAAAUGCAGAGGAAAACGAAAAUACCACUUCCGACCUCCCCCAAGGGCACUGGCUCUGGCAGUGUAGACCUGGUGACAUUAUUCAUAGUCAACCAGAUAGCUUCCAAGAAAGAAAACAGUGAACUACCUAAAAUAACUCACCUCAACGAUAACAGAGGAUGUGUUGGGUUGAUAAAAGGUGAACCUUUGGAGCUACCCAUGAGCCCCUGUUCUCCUUCUCGUCUCAGUCUUGUAGAGAGUCAGCCACAGUACAGUUUCCAUGGAAUUAGAAAAAGAAAGCAUUGCUUCCCUGAGGGAUUCAAGUGCCAACAGCUAUCUCCAGUGCUUGAGUCCAACCUGUCAGACAACAGUGCAUCAGAUUACCAGCUGGCCCACAUAGCUGACACACUGAGCCCCUUCUCCUCCUCAUCCUCCGCCUCUUCUUCAGGCCUGUUCCCCCUCCAGCUGAGAGGCCAGACCCAGCUGUUCCCCCUCCAGCUCAGAGGCCAGGCCCAGCUGUUCCCCCUCCAGCUGAGAGGCCAGACCCAGCCGCAGCGCUCCCCUCGUCCCCGGGGCGCCACCUCUGAAAAAGCCCAGGUACUGAGUUCCUCUCACAGUGAAUGCCGAUGCAGUGUUUAUCUCAAUGUUACUCUCUUCUUUGCCUUCCAGUUCAGACCUUUCUCCCAGCCUAGGGGGGUGAGAGAGAGCCCUCCAGGGGGCGCUGGACCAGAGGGAUCCCCACGGUUUCAUCAGACACCCUCGCUGUCCACAGUCCUGUUUGGAAGCACAGGGUCAGACAGCACAGAGACCAGAAACGAGGACAUUCACACUUUGGGCUUCUCUCUCAACCAGCCUGACACUGAGGAGCUGCUCAGAGAAGAGGAACCUUUCAGGGGGUUCAGCAACGAGUUUAGGAGUGAUGAUUAUUUUGGGAAGGGGAUUUCAAAAAUAUCUCUGAAAGCAGACUCACAAAACUCUUCUUCAAAACCACCGGAUGUGAAGCAACCACACAGCAUACAUCCUAUACCAGACUCCCUCACCCAGGUAAUUGCAGCAACUCUCAUUAAAAAGGACACUAGUUCCCCCUAGUGGCAUAAUUGGAAAACAAUAUUAGGAAUUUAGAUUCUAAGCAAUUGUAAAACAUGUCUCAGUAUUAAUGUCAGUUUUUUUUCAGCAACAGCUUUCCGACUGUGCUGACGUCACCUCCUGUGAGUUUACUGACACUAUGAAAUCCUACAUAUUUGGAUUUUAUUAUAAUGCUUGGGUGGAGAUUAAGUUGACUAAUUUCCUGGAUGUUUUCCCAAAGCAUGUCUGGAACAGAAUCAUGCUUCAGUGGAUUGCGGUGGAUCUUCUCCUAGUUACUCUCCUAGAGGAGGUUACUUUAGCUCAGAGUCUGAUGAUGUAGACGAUUGCCACCAGUGUGUGCAGGAACGACCUGCUUCAGUCCCAGCUCAGCCUUGCCCUGACGGGACCCUGGGCGCCAGCAAGGCCUCUCCGUGGAGUCCACCCCCCGCCCCCUGUCAGCGCAGCCCAGUCUCCAGGAGCAGCUACGACCUGGGAGCGGGAACGAGCCCUGGUCUCUCUGAGAGUCUUUGUAACUGUGCAAGUUCAAGCUGUAGCCUGACAGACAGGAGUGGGCGUUAUCAAGCACGAAGCUUGAUAACGGCCAGAAACAAGAUUGUGUCCACCCAAACGCAAGACAUGGGGACUCAGACUGUUUUGACUGAAACCUGCCAAACAACAGAAGCUUCCACUCAGUGUAGCUUUGCACCUGAGCGCAAUACAAACAAUCAUUGUCAAUGUUACACUCUUGGCAAUGAUUCAAAGCAGUUCUGUGUGGCUGCUGGUGGUGUAGUACUGACCCAAGCCCACAGGAGGCAGGCAAGUUCCAGAGAUGGAGAUCUGAGACACGGAGCACGGCCAGACUGGAUCAGAGUGAGGCGAGAAGAAGAAGAGUACACGCCCUUGAGGAGAGCAACAACAGGAGAGGACAGGACUGGACACCUGUCAAUCAACUCUGUCCAAAAGCCCCUGCACCUCCUCACAGAGAGCAGCGUGAGCAUGCAGAGACCGGCCACUCCCAUCCUGGGAGAUGUGCUGAGCACCAAUGUGACAGAAUCAGAUAAGCAGAUGGAUCAAGGAGUAGAAAGGGUGAAGAGAGAGAGAGAGGUACUCGACCCUGUAGAAAGAGAGGGGGAGGCUCUCAACACAAACCUGGCUGAGAAGCAACAGGAGGUCACGUCCCAGAAUGCAGUUACCAGGCUGUCAGAAGACGACCAGACUCUCCACGAAAUAUCAGAUAUUCUGCUUAUGUUGAAGGAGAGAAAGAAGAGCGAGGGCAAUGCAUGAAAACGGGAAGUCAGGAAAUGUGCUGGGGAGAAUGAAGAACGAGGGAGAGAGAGAGGAGAGUACAUGUUCUAGGCUUAUUUGGUUCAUGUUGACAGAUCAGCCAUGCUAGUCUACAUACUUUAAUUGAGAGUGCAGUUUGCUCAGCUGCCGCUCUCAAAGCCUGAGGGACUUUCAUCAACACAAAGCGAGACGUUGCAAGAUUAGUCGUUUAUUUCUUUCACAAGAUACAUAUUCAAGUGUUCCUAUUUCAUGAAUAUUUAGUUGUAUAUAAUAUAAAUUCUAGCAAAACAUUUACAGCAACAAUAAUUAAAUGUACUAUACAGCA